AUGCCUUUUGUUACUUCUAAUUGUAAUGGAAAAAUAUGGGUCUUUACUAAUCAUGAUUUUGACAUUAUAGUUGUUAGUAACACAGAUCAACAGUUGACUCUUAAUUUAAAGCACCAGACUCAACAACACAAUUUUUAUGUUACUAUUGUGUAUGCCAAAUGUAGUGCUGUUGAAAGAGUAUCGUUGUGGGAGGAUAUAUAUCACUUGACAGAUGACAUGAAUAGCUCUUGGCUUAUUGGAGGAGAUUUUAAUGUUGUAUUGAAUGCUGAAAAAAAGAUAGGGGGUCUGCCGGUGGAAGAUAUUGAUCAUGAGGAUUUUGAUUGUUGUAUUGAAACCUGUGAAUUAUAUAAAGUUCAAUACAAAGGGAGUCCAUUUACAUGGUGGAAUGGUAGAGCAGCUUUUAAGGAGAAUAUUAAAAGGGUUAAAACUGUUCUAACUAGAUGGAGCAAGGAUACAUAUGGAGACAUUUUCAAACAAUUAAUCAUCAGGGAGGAUAUAAUGAGAAUCAAAGAGAAAUUGUUUGCAGAUGUGCCAAAUGAAAUUAAUAGAGCAGUUUUGCAGAAGGCUGAAGCUGAAUUUAAAAGAUAUAUUCACUUUGAAGAAAUCUAUUGGCAACAAAAAGCUGGAUAUGAAUGGUUUGAUAAUGGAGAUAGAAAUACCAGAUUUUUUCAUAGUAUAGUAAAGGGAAGAAGAAAAAGGCUACACUUGCAAAGAAUUCAUAACAGACAGGGGGUAUGGUUUGAAGAAGAAAAGGCUAUAGCGGUUGAAUCCAUUGACUUUUAUCAAAAGCAAUUCACACAAGAGAGGGAUGCUAAUUUUCCUUUACUAAGGCAUAUUCCCACUUUGAUUAAUGCGGAGGAAAAAUCAGUUUUAUGCAGAAUGCCAGAAUUAGAAGAGGUAAAGAAUGUUGUAUUCAAGCUUAAUGGAGACGGUGCUAGUGGUCUUGAUGGUUUGACAGGGAUAGUUUACCAAAGUUGUUAG